AUGCCGGGUGCCCAGCUGCUCCCCAGCCCCGCCGAGGCUCUGCCUGGAAGGGCCCAGCAGAUGCUGGUGGCAGCCAGCCACGCUGUCAGCAGCAGCCCCACGCUCCCACCCUUCCCAGCCCACAUGCAAACGGCCAUUUUUGGCAUGGGGUGCUUCUGGGGAGCAGAGCAGCUCUUCUGGCAGACACCAGGGGUCUUCUCCACACAGGUGGGCUACAUGGGGGGCUUCACCCCCAACCCCACCUACGAGGAAGUGCGCACAGGGCUGACGGGCCAUGCUGAGGUGGUGAGGGUCAUCUUUGACCCCCAGAAGAUCAGCUACCAGGAGCUUCUCAAGAUCUUCUGGGAGAACCACGACCCCACACAAGGCAUGAGGCAGCAGGAGGACGUGGGCACCCAGUACCGCUCUGUCAUCUACACGCUGAGCCCCCAGCAGCAGGCAGCUGCCCUGCACAGCAGGACCCUGUACCAGAGGGAGCUGAGGGGACAGCGUUGUGGGGACAUCACCACCACCAUCCAGCCCGCUGGUGAGUUCUACUACGCCGAGGACCGUCACCAGCAGUUCCUGCACAAGGUGCCCGGGGCCUCCUGUCACCUCAAGGGCACCGGUGUCACCUGCCCCAUGGCACCCUGA